CCCGUGACCCGAGAAGUUCGGAUAAGCAGUAGGAAAUGAAUAAAAUGCCAUUGCCUUGUGCAAGGGGUUUUAUUUCAACAUGAGUUUCUUAUUCAUGAUCUAUUAACAUUUAUACUUCUAUUUAUUUACAUGUAGGCGUUAACGUAUUCAUACUCUACAUGUCCAUAGCAGACAUUUCCACUUUUACACUCUUUCUCAUGUGACACACAUCAUGUUCUGCAGAUGAAGAUAAAGCACCAGAUAAUAAUGUAGUGUAAAUCAGAUCAUCUCCACCGAGCCGAACUCAAUAACUGCUUCAUUCGUGCAGAGAUGUUGACAUUACGAUCGGGUCGUGACGUCAGUGGCAGCGCAGCUAUAAAAGCCAUCCGGAUGACGUCAUGGGGAACUGUCAGUCAGGUGGUUGCUAUGGAAACUGAUGAGCGCAUGGUCCAAACAGAGCUUCUUUCUCUCUCUCACACACACACACACACACACACACACACAUAUACAAGCACAUGCAGUCACACACCGAGCUCCGUCAGCGUGCACUCCAGUGUGCAGUAAUUUCAUCGGUUUAUUGACAUCUGAGGAAAAAAAACAUCUCUAAAGAAUCGUUUCAUGUUUCCUGGACACGGGUUCCUCACGGAUGCUGGAGGAACCUUAAUCACCUCGUAAACGAUGACGACUGAAGAAAGCAACAGUGCAGAGUUCAAGGAGAAAACAGGCUUGAAGAGGAAACUUACAGGACCACCUCGACUUCUGUUGGGCAAAUCCAGGUCUCCGGGUCAAGAUGAGAAGAAAUCCAGGAAGCAUAGACGACACGGCGGUGACGAAACUCUAGUGGACACGGCAAAAGAUGAGCAAAGUGCUGAAUCGCAAGUGUCGUCAAGUCCCGAACAUCCUGAGACGGUCCUAACUACUGAACUUGAUGGAGGAACUUGCACGGAUCUCCAAGAAGGCUGUUUGGAAACAAAUCUGGAACAAAAUAUGAAGAAAAGGCGAAGAAGAAGCAAAGCUGGAGCAGCCGUUAGACAGAUUUUCUCUUGCAUUCGUAGGAGAAAGGAGUUGGGAGUGAAAGCUGUGGAGGACACCGAGGACAACACGUAUCACAGAGCGCGCAACAACAUCCGAGACAAGGAACUUCUCACACAUUCGGAUGAUUCGUUGAAAACAAAGAAGCAGGUGAAAAAGGUUAGCUCAAGGAAGUUCAAGGUGCGGACGUGGUGCAUCUUCAAAAAAUGUACAUCGACGAGCAAGCAGGAAGCUGACGAUCAUGGACAAGAACAAUGUAAUGAUACCUUCACUGAAAUAUCAUCAGAAACAGGUGUUGGUCAGCAGAUAUCUGCUGCUGCUGCUGCAGAACCACCAGCUGUGGAUGAAGAGCAGAAUGAAUCAAGCAGGAUUGUUGAGGACGUGACCAGAACCUCUCCAGAUCCCAACAAUGAGGUGAUGGAAAUGAUUUCCUUGAAUGUAGCUACGAACACUGACUCCGAUGCUGUGUUCGUUCAUCACCAACAUCCACCCGAAUCCCUCUUCUCAUGCCUCGUAGAUGAAGAGUUUCAGAUUAGCGAGGCUUCGCUAUCAGAGCUCAUCGGGUCUGGUUCAGAUCUGGAAGAUCCCAGGACAUCUCCAGAAGAUCCAGUAACGGAUGACACGCUAGUAGACAUUCCACUUUUCAAAUGCAAACCCAUCAUUACGAUAGAAGACGUUCACUCGUCGGACGAAGAGGACGGCGAAUUUUUCGAAACCGCGGUUCAGCGAUACGGCACACUAUCGCCGCUCGUCCCGCUUAAUGGCUCUUGUUCCACAUUAAAGACUCCGGAGAGACACUUUUCUGAGAUCCUGCUCACUCAGAAGGCUUUGUCUUUGGUCCAAGCAGCUAUCAGUGGUGCCGUAGAACAGCUAUCAUCCGAGCUGCAGAACCGUCAGGAUCAGGAUCACAUCUAACAUCUAAAAUCUCACACACAAAAACACACACAAACUAAUUCUCAAAAAUUCCAGCCGUCUUCCUGAGCUGAUCUCACCGGGACACGACUUCGGAUCCUCGGAGGAACGUCGGCGUGAUUUAUUUGCUGCUUGUUCAGGCGGUUUUGUGCUCAGAGUAACCGAUUUGUAUCAUGUUUCGACCUGUAGGAGUUUUCAGUGUUACCCCCAUAUAAUAAUGAUGAUUGGAGAUCAGAGAUCGGAUCCGCGUUGGCAAAAUGAGAGAGAGAAAUAUCUCAGAAACAGAAAGUAAGUGCUUGUAUUUCGUUACUUCUCCCACAGUCGUACGGUAUUUUUAGCCCGAACGUGACAUUAUCUCUCAUACGACUCGAGACGUAAGCCUCGUUUCUAUAGCGAUGCAGAACCCACGUGUUGCAGUAUCCAGAUACACAAUUUUUUAUUUUUUUUUUUGCACCCCUGAGUCUUGUGGAAAUAAAAGGAACGAAAUAGUUAAGUCUCAGUUUGCUUUGUGUUAGAAUGAAAAGGAAUCUUUGAACUUGUUGUUUUAAAUAAAUGAAAAUGUGCGGUGACAGCAGGCAGGGAAAGAAGCCAUUUAUCUUCCUGUGGAUUAUCUCUGCAUGGAAAUGGAAACCAUGUAGGCAAAUAUGUUACACUCAGGAGCUCCUGCACAUGGUCGGUCUCAACGGUCGCCCGAGAACGCUUCCCUCUAGUGGUGCAGCGAGAGGAAGCGUUAACCUGAAAAAAAAUGAACUAACAACAGAGCAUUAAAAACAGUUCUGUUUAGGUGGAAAGUUCUUUUUCUUUUCAUUUCAUUUCCUUUUCUUUUUGUUUUUUUCCAGUCUUUUGUUUCAAAAACCCCUUAGUGUCUUCUUUAAUUAUAUUGAUUUUCACUGACAUAAAAAAGUCUCUAUCACACACAAAUACACAAAUAUCAUCAAAUCUAUCAACAAAUAUUAAAAUAUUAAAUAUUAUACUGUGUUGUUUUAGUUGUUAAACUAGACGACUUCUGAAACACUGUCUGGUCAAAAAUGUGAAUUAUAAUAAAGGUUUAAAAAAAUAAAUG